UCCUGGCCACAUCAAAAGCACCUCUCUGGCGAGGAAUGGAAGAAUGUAGGGAGGAACGCACGCAAGGAGUGGUUCGACGAAGAGGAGGACGACAGCGUAGAUUGGGAGUUGUAUGGAGAUGGUGAGCAUCGGUCGAACCCUAAGUUCGACCUGGUUAUUCAUUCAAGUCUCUGCUCCUCUUCGCUUGGGGUAGUGGUCAUUCUCGACUUCCUUGCUCGAUCUUCAGGACAAUGUACUGUCCAUAAGUCCUCGCUCGUUGUCUACAAGUCAGGCAUCGAUAUAGGAGUAUAG